AGUUGUUGAACGGCAGGCGUCGAGACCCCGUGGUCACAGGAGCGUUCUGUCAUCUGAUUGGUUGCAGGACACCCCCUCCUUUGUACCAAGCGCGCGAAUGCGCCCACGUCGCUCCGCCAAGUAGCGAGUUUAGCUCCGGUUAGCUCGGGUCGCUCAACACGGCACUGCAAGACAGCCUGAGACAAAGCUUUCCGUCUUGAGACUGUCUGUAUAACUUUCAUCAGUGGACUUUUAUCUGCUGAAGUUAGCUACAAUGGCCGACAAGGAAGGUGCGUUUGACGAUGCGGUCGAGGAAAGGGUUAUCAACGAGGAGUACAAGAUCUGGAAGAAAAACACUCCCUUCCUUUAUGACCUGGUGAUGACCCACGCUCUGGAAUGGCCCAGCCUCACCGCUCAGUGGCUUCCCGAUGUCUCCAGACCAGAGGGCAAGGAUUACAGUGUCCACCGGCUGGUGUUGGGCACUCAUACGUCAGACGAGCAGAACCAUCUGGUCAUCGCUAGCGUCCAAUUGCCCAAUGACGACGCCCAGUUUGAUGCCUCACACUAUGACAGCGAGAAAGGAGAGUUCGGUGGCUUUGGCUCAGUCAGUGGUAAGAUUGAGAUUGAGAUCAAGAUCAACCAUGAGGGCGAGGUGAACCGGGCCCGCUACAUGCCCCAGAAUCCCUGCAUCAUCGCCACCAAGACCCCCACCUCAGACGUGCUGGUCUUCGAUUACACAAAGCACCCCUCCAAACCUGACGCGUCAGGAGAGUGCCGUCCAGACCUGCGUCUCAGAGGCCAUCAGAAGGAGGGUUAUGGGCUCUCCUGGAACCCCAACCUGUCCGGCUGCCUGCUCAGUGCUUCAGAUGAUCACACGAUCUGUCUUUGGGACAUCAGCGCGGUGCCCAAAGAGGGCAAGGUGGUGGACGCCAAGACCAUCUUCACGGGUCACACCGCAGUGGUGGAGGACGUCUCCUGGCACCUGCUGCAUGAGUCUCUCUUUGGCUCCGUGGCUGACGACCAGAAGCUCAUGAUCUGGGACACACGCUCCAACAACACCUCCAAGCCCAGCCACGCUGUGGACGCACACACAGCAGAGGUCAAUUGCCUGUCCUUCAACCCAUACAGCGAGUUCAUCCUGGCCACCGGCUCAGCAGACAAGACUGUGGCCCUCUGGGACCUGAGGAACCUGAAACUCAAACUGCACUCCUUUGAGUCACACAAAGAUGAGAUCUUCCAGCUCUGCGAUGGGCUGUUACAGGUCCAGUGGUCCCCCCAUAACGAGACCAUCCUGGCCUCCAGUGGAACCGACCGCCGGCUCAACGUCUGGGACCUCAGUAAAAUCGGAGAGGAGCAGUCGCCAGAAGAUGCAGAAGAUGGACCCCCAGAGCUGCUGUUCAUCCACGGAGGUCACACAGCCAAGAUCUCUGACUUUUCCUGGAACCCCAAUGAGCCAUGGGUCAUCUGCUCGGUGUCUGAAGACAACAUCAUGCAAGUCUGGCAAAUGGCGGAGAACAUCUACAACGACGAGGACCCCGAGAGCUCAGCGGACCCCGAACCCACCGCCUAACGAAACCCACCGCACCUCAUACCCUCUUCUUCCCCCGCAACAUCACCUCAAACUGCUGAGAAGGUCACUGCAACGAGUCCCGCUCAACUAC